CGGGCGUCUCGUGCGUAACGAGGAUGAUCGUGGAGAUCCGGUGAAGGUGAAUCAGAGACACAGAAAGAGAGAGAGAGAGAGCGAGAGAGAUAGAGAGAGCGAGAGAGAGGCAGGAGAGAGCAGCACUUAAUACACGAGUCUCCUCCUCGUCUCCACACCUCAGCUGACAAGUCAGGCCAGCCUGCAACUUCACACAACUAAACUCUUUACAGUCAAACAAGGGGAAAAAACUCAGAGAGACGCGUAAAGAGUUUCCAGGGGCGGAAUCCACGCGGCUAUGGACAGAAGGAUGAACUUGAACGGCGGCGCAGCGGACAUUUUUCACAAAACUCUCAGCGCAGUAUCCACUAAAAAGAUGGACCAUUUCAGGUCGUCGGCGGGCAUAGAACUGCCAGCAAGAGACCGCCAGUCACCUAUCAGCUGCUUUGACCAGACCGACCAGGACCCGAUCCAGCCGGGAGGACUGGCAGGAGGUAGAGGGGGGCCGCUGGGUCUGCCCACCGGAUCUUUGUGCGUCAACUUCGGCGAGAGCGCCAACAGGACCUCGGUGGCCGAGAGCAGCGGCGGAGAGCAGAGUCCCGACGAUGACAGCGACGGCAGGUGCGACAUGGUGCUCCUGGCCGACGGGCGGACGGUGCCCGCGGGGAAAGGCGAGGGAGGUAAGAAAACCAAAGAGCAGAAAACAUUGAGGCUAAACAUCAACGCCAGAGAGAGACGGCGGAUGCACGAUCUGAACGACGCGCUGGAUGAGCUCAGAGGGGUCAUCCCUUACGCGCACAGUCCGUCGGUGCGCAAACUCUCCAAAAUUGCCACUUUGCUGCUCGCGAAAAACUACAUCCUCAUGCAGGCACAGGCACUGGAAGAAAUGAGAAGGCUGGUGGCGUAUCUCAACCAGGGCCAGGCCAUCUCCGCUGCCUCCAUACCCGCCACUACUGCGCUUGCGAAUCCCGGCUUGGGCGCGUACGACCAGCCGCCCGGAUACCCCUUCCCCACCGGAGUGGCCGGGUCCUCCUGUCCCGAUAAAUGUGCCCUGUUCAACAAUGCCACCUCCAGCCUCUGCAAACAGUGCACUGACAAGCCUUAACUUCGGCUCACGGACUCACUAAGAAGCACAGAAGAGAAGAGACACCACUUUUAAGGACACUUUUGGAGAGGAGAACCUGCGAGGCUGCUGUUGUCCAAGUCAGUAGGCUAGAGACAAAGAAGUAAUGCCGAUGAAUACUUUUAUAAUAUUUACUAAAUGCAUUCACAACGCGCUUUUUUUGUUCAAACAAUACUUGAUUGUGUAUAUAAAUCAUCCUUGAAGUGCUGGUAUGAAUGACAGAAGACCAAACAGAAGUCAGUAGGCCUAUGAAUGACAGAGAGUUGUUGAUCACUUGCUCUGUUCUGGACCUUUUGGAGAUUUUGGUGACCUGACAACCUGCGACUUUUCCCCCUUCCAUCCUCACUUUCUGCUGCUUCCUCCCUUAUUUAUUUUAUUGGGCCUAUUUUGUUUCAUACAUCAGAAACAUUUUUUGCUUUGCUAACUGGUUGAAGGCCUGACGAAUGAACUUUUCGACUGAGCACGUGGAAUGUCACGGUCAAGGAAAAGUUCAAUGAAAAUGAUAAGUCUUUAGAUCAGUCAGAUAUUUAUGUGCUAAUCCAGACAGUGUUAAGAGUUACUCACGAGAGUUUAAGUUCUUUUUGGAGGUAUUGUGACGCAAAAAUGGCAGACAAAUUAAAAGAGCAUGACUCCAGGUUUAUCAGCUCUUACGAUGUGUUGUUGUUUUUUGUUAUUUAUUUAUUUGGCUAUUUGUAUGGGAUAUUUCGCUGCAUUGCACAUUGUAGUCUCUAAAUUGGUGUAGGCUGUUUUUUGUUUUUUUUGUUGCGUCUUUUUUCCUUCUCACACAAACGAUUGAGAUCUUCGGAUGAAUCGCGUUGUCAGGUCAAGCUGUGGACUAUUUGUUGAUACUUUGGUUAUUAUAUGAACGGAGAGGGCCAUUUGUAUGUAUUUCAGUGUUAAAAAAAAGCUUUAUUAAAAUAUUUUGAACAACAGAAAACUUUUGUUCUUUUUUUUU